GGAAAGUGAUUGUCUUCGAAUUGCAGGAGCUCAUGACAAGGCAUAAAUCAACAGUAGCUGAAUUCCUUUCUAAAAAUUAUGAUUGGUUUUUUGCAGAGUUUAAUGAGAAGCUGCUGUCAUCUUCCAACUAUGUUACAGCAAGACAAGCUAUCAAGCUUUUGGGAGAGAUGUUGCUUGAUCGAUCAAAUUCUGGUGUUAUGACGAGAUAUGUGAGCUCAAAGGAUAACUUGAUAGUUCCGAUGAAUCUUCUAAGAGAUAAAAGCAGAAGCAUCCAAAUAGAAGCAUUUCACGUUUUCAAGUUAUUCGCUGCAAAUGAAAACAAGCCAUCAGAGAUUGGAACAAUUCUUAUGACAAACAAAAGUAAAAUUCUUCGACUCUUGGGUGCAUUAAAGUUAGAGAAAGAAGAUGAACAAUUUGAAGCAGAUAAGACUGAGGUUAUCAAACUGAUAGCAGCACUGUCACUGUAACUGUAACCGUAAGUUCUACCAACUCUUGUGAUGUGGGGAGAUCAUUGAAGAAACAAUGAGCAACAAGAGCUAAACAGCUCGAAGAGAUCAAAAAAGUAAAAACUGUUGGAAUUCCAAAAAAAUAUAUUUCAUUCAUCUUUUUCUACCUAUAGAAGAUAUUUAUAACAGUAUAAUAGAAAUGUCUAGAAAGUUCUAGAAAUAGGUACUAAAUUUGAUAAAUUAUUCUUAAGCCUUGAUUUAACUAAUAUGAUCCGCAUCAUCUUGCAUGAUUUUUACAUUAUAUGAAUAGAAAUUCUUUGUGAUA